AAUUUCCAGAAAAGACGAUUCGCUUUGAGAAUCAUUGAGUGCCUCUUCAAUACGGUUACGGCUAAGAAAAUAGCGAUUUUGGGAUUUGCCUUCAAGAAGAAUACGGGAGACACUCGGGAAUCGCCGGCCAUUUUGGUCUGCAAAUAUCUGCUCGAAGAAGGCGCCAAACUAUGCAUUUAUGACCCAAAAGUGCCAAAACAACAAAUUUACACUGACUUGAGAUCUGCUGAGAGACCCGAUGACAUGCAACUCAUUGAAGUGACAGACAGUCCGUACAAAGCGACAGAAGGCGCCCACGCCAUCGUCUUCUGCACCGAAUGGGACGAGUUUACGAAAUUGGAUUUCAAGCAAAUGUACGACAAAAUGCUUAAACCGGCGUUUGUUUUCGACGGCCGAAAG